AUGUCAAGAACUCAUUCAAAUCCUGGUGAGAAGACAGACAGGGUACUGAUGUCUCUGGGAAAUGACUCGGAUCAGGCUAGAAACGCAACUCAGGACGGCACGAAUCUCGCAUGGAUCGACCUGAGGGAGAAACGAAACCCGCACCAUUGGUCAUUUCCCAGGCGACUCUUUCACACUGCAAUUCCGUGCUUACUUGCUUUUCAAGUAACCUUUGGCACAUCCGUAACGGUGCCGGCAACACAGGCUAUCGGGGCCCACUUUGACGUUUCCCGGACGGCGUCCAUACUAGUUAUCACCGUCUACACCGUCGGCGUGGCAUUUGGACCCCUCUUCUUUGCGCCACUAUCCGAAAUCGCUGGCCGCCGUCGCCUCUAUGUGGUCACCACCUUUUUCCUAUUGGCCUUUACCGCGGGGGCUGGCGCGAGCUACAACUUCUCUACCCUGUUGGUCUGCCGAUUCCUGGCUGCCUUUUUGGGCUCGGCGGGCGUGGCGGUCGGCGCGGGCACGGUGGUUGACGUGUGGGGGGUGGGCAGGAAGAGUGGCAUCGCGGGCAUGUUGUUCAUUCUCGGACCAUUUCUCGGCCCUGCCCUGGGUCCGCUAGCCGGGGCCUACAUCAUGCAUGACCGUGGGGGCGACUGGCGAUGGACUCAGUGGCUCUUGUGUUGCGUCGGGACCCCGGUUUGGAUCGGCUCACUCGUUAUGGGCGAGACAUCGAAAGAUCAGAUCUUGCGCAACGCCGAGAAGAAGGAGAAGAAGAAGACCGCCGGACCACUAAAUGCACCUUCGCAGAACCGCCUCUCCCGGGCCAGGGACGUUGUCGGGUUCUCCAUACUCCGAGCUGCGAAGAUGCUAUUUUCCGAGCCCAUCGUCUUCUUCCUCACGGUCUACAGCGCCUAUGCCUACGCCAUGAUAUUCAGCUACUUUGGGAGUACCGCCUACGUGCUCCAAUUGAAAUACGGCUUCAACUCCCGCCAAGUCGGUCUCAGCCUGAUCAGCGUGAUCAUCGGCUUCUUCCUGGGCAGUGCCCUAUUUGCCACCUUUGACAAGACUCUCUACGCACGGGCGACUGCGGCCUCGCCGCAGGGCAUGGCCGCGCCAGAGCAUCGACUGUAUUCCGCCAUAGUCGGCAGUUGUUUUCUCCCCCUCAGCCUGUUCUGGUAUGCAUGGGAAGCCCAUUCGGGCGGCCACUGGGCUGCAUUAGUUGCUGCCGGGAUACCUUUUGGAUUCGGUGCACUUUCACUGUUUCUGUCGACCAUCACCUACCUCGUGGAUGUUUAUGGGCCUCGAGGAGCCGCGUCAGCACUAUCUGCGAAUGGCACCCUUCGUUAUACACUGGGAGCCACCUUUCCACUCUUUACGGUCCAGAUGUACGAGAAACUCGGUGUCCACUGGGCUGGAAGUCUCUACGCCUUUCUUUCUUUGGCGUUGAUGCCCAUCCCUUGGCUACUGUUUCGAACCUGUGUCGGGAGAGGGAUAUUCUUUGACGAUGUGAUCGUGAGCCCCUGGGCUGCUGCAAUUCUAGAACACACUCUAGACCCAACACUCGAGGUUCGCCUUUACAGCGCCAACACAGCACUUAGAGCAGAGGCCCGGCGGCCCGUACACAUCGGUUUGAGCCAUGGCUACACCCAUGCCCCGUUUUGGUUUUUUGUUAACAUCAACCUAAUGUCAAUCUCACUGGAGAAUGGGGCCAUUGAAUUCUGGCUCGGCACUCACAAUGAUCCAAAGCUGUGGCUAGUCAUGAUUCAUGGACAUGGUGAAGUUGGUCAAAGUCCCGAUAUUACCCUGGAGAAGAAGGCCGCCCGGGGUGAAAGCAUUGGGACUGCCAAUUGA